UGAGACCUCCUCUGUCGUAUUAACACAAAUACUAACUGUGACAAGUCUCAUGUCAGUGAUGGCUCUGCUGCUCUGGUUCAUCGGUGUGCUGUCAGUGAGUUUGAGCUCUCAGGCUGGUUUAACUGUAGAAGCAGAACCUGGUGAUGAUGUUACUCUCUGGUGUAAACACAGUCUGACUCAACUAGAUUAUUUAUUCUGGUGUAAACACACAAAUACUUCAGCUCCAGUUUAUAUCGCAUGUAAAUAUCACUCAGUAUCAUCCUCCUUUGAUCCCUGUUUCUUCAUCUCUGAGAGUGAGAGGUCAGUGAUGGGAGUGAACUCCACGUUCUCCUCUCUCACUAUAACUGCAGUUACUCUCUCUGACUCAGGACUCUAUUACUGCAGCAGCCUGGAGGAAAAAUACAUGAUCUUCAGCACCACAACAUAUUUACACAUUAAAGAGAAAAAAGAAACAACUUCCAUUGAACCAGAGACAUCUGAAGAGAGAAACAAAACAUCCUCCAAGGCACCAGGCAGAUCUGAAGCUGGAUUCACAUCAGAUGUCUUCUUCAUACUGACUGUGGUGCUCGGGGCUGUGACUGCAGUUCUACUGAUUCUGUUGAUCGUUCAGUGCAACGUUAGAGACGAUUCUAACACUAAACUGAAAGAAGAGAAUGAGGGUUUGAUGAGCCGUGAUGGUCCACUGUUGUCCACUAAUAUGAACAGGAAGGCUGAAGUGAUGGAUCCGUAUGUUCUGUGCUACUAUACUACAGUAGAAUAACAUUGUUAAACCAGAAAAAUGUGUUUUACAGAAUUUCAUUUUUUUUAACUAGGAAACAUGAUGUGUGGGGUUGGGGGGUCUUUCUUCACUUUUACUUGUACUCACAGUCCUAAUGAAGUCAUGAAAAGGUACGAGACGUUACAUUUGUAAAUAAAAUAUUCUUUUUAUGAACUAA